AUGGAUUCUGACCCUGAGGCGGAUCCUCAGCCUUCCGCAGACGAAAACGCCCCAGACCUUGAGUGUGCCAUCUGCUUCAGCCAGUUCGACAACGUCUUCCGCACCCCCAAGAUGCUCGGCUGCAAUCACACCUUCUGCCUGGAGUGCCUGGCCCGCAUGAACGUCAAGUCAGCACAGCCUAACUCCAUCCAGUGCCCUCUGUGCCGGGGCUUCACCCCCCUGCCCAACCUAGGGCUGCCCAAGCUGGCCACAGACUCCACCGUGCUGUCCUACCUGCCGGCUGCCAUGCAGCGCGUCUACAGCAUCCGCUUCAGCCGCAACAAGGGGCGGCUGCAGGUGAAGCGGCCCAACGAAGGUGUCCCACCUCUGGCUGCGCAGACGGUCAGCCACACGCUGGAUGUGGGGCAGCCGUCCAGCAGUGGCAGCAGCGGGGCCAGCAGGGAGCAGCAGGGGCAGGCCCAGGGGAGGGGCUGCCUGGCUGGGCUGCGGAGGCUGGGGCGGAGGCCCGCCUGUCGAGCCUGCAUCAUGGCCACCACCGUCCUGCUCAUGGUGUUGCUCACCAUCGUCGUCAUCUUCCUCCUCUCAUCUCGGCCUUAG